AUAUGGUGCCUCCCUUGCUCACAACUUCCCACGUGUUCCUCAUGCUCACAACUUUCCUCGUGUUCCCCCUGUCAAGGAAGCCUAAUUGGAUGGCUUCUGGGUUCAAGCUUAGCUAAGACAGGAACCAAUGGAAAAGAAAUUGUUUGAAGGUGCUCUUCAUGCCACCCUCUAUUCCAAGUUCAGACCAAACCCUCCUGCCAAUCUCAUAUCCUUCAUCAUUUCAUAUCUCCAAGAGAAGUAUGCAGGUCCCCUCAAUCUGGCCCUGGAUGUUGGGUGUGGGUCUGGUCAAUCAACUCGCCUUUUAUCCCCCUAUUUCAAGAGAGUUAUAGGCUCUGAUAUCAGUGAGGCCCAAAUUGCAAAUGCCAAGCAAGACACCCAGGCCUCCAACAUUUCAUACAUACUGAAGACAGCCAGUUCCCUGGAAGCAGAGGAUACAUCUGUUCAGCUCAUCACAGCUUGUCAGGCUGCCCAUUGGUUUGACCUCCCUCAGUUCUUCCAAGAAGCAAAUCGCGUGCUCGUUCCUCAUGGCGUUCUUGCACUGAUGGGAUAUGUACUCCCCUGUCCCUUCAAUCCAACUGCUCCUGAUGACAGAGCAGCCUUCAUGGAUGUUGUUGAUCAGAUAUAUCAUACCACUGGUCCUUGGUGGGAUUCCAGUCGAGUAGAUGUGGACAGGGAGUAUGACAGAAUCACCCUUCCCUAUCCAGAUGCUCUCUAUAUGCGUGGAAAGGAUUCAGAGCAGUUCACAGCCACUGUGAAUGGAACGGUUGAGGAGUUCCUGGGAUACCUGCAGACCUGGUCUGGACUGCAAGCAUACAUCAAGGACAGAGGACAGGCCGAGUGCAACAAGCUGCUCUUGCAUGCACGGCUGAGGCUCUUGGACUUGCUCGGCCAGCAGGAAGCGGGUGGCUCUGCGGCCUUGAAUUGGAGUUUCCGGUAUUUCCUGCUCAUCAGUACAAAGCCCAAGGAAUCAUGAGCAUUCCUCCAAUUCUGAGUUGAAUCUCAUUUUUGUCUUGCUUAUCAUUAUUGGUUUUGCUGCAGGUCGUAGUAUGAUACCUGCUUAAUUGUAUUUUUUUUUGGUAUGUGGACUGAGACUCAAGUAUGAAAUGUUGUUUAGAGAUUGAAUUCUGGUGUAAUUAUUCACUGUUGUAUUUUAUGACGUUUUUUGAAAUGCAUGGAACGUUGAUGA